UCACGAGUUGAACUGUAAGAAUAUAAUCUCGGUUCUGUUUUCUACAAUAUUUUUUUAUUAAAUUCCACAUUCAAGUUUUCCAACAAGUAUUCGUCAAAUAUCUAACUCGGCGAUGUUAGAGAUAAAGUGAAAGCCUUAAAGCUUUAUUUUCAAAAACAGUUUUUCCAACUUCCACAAGUGGUGAACGUAUCAAUAUUUGUUUGUUGUGUCGGUAAAAUUAAUUUUUCGAGAAAUUUAGAGAAAUAUGUAAGCUCGUAACGCCAUACUAUGCAGAGGACGCUGUAAAAUUUUCUAUCUUACUUCUAAUUUAAAUCCGUCGGGAAACAAGACUCGUGUCGCGACAAAAUUUUUACAGAAGGAUAUGCGAUGACACUUCAAGAUGAAAUACGUGCAGAAUUUUCAAGAAAUGCAACUGUGAAACGAGGAUCUAUCGAGCCCAAAAAAACAUUUAUGCAUUAAAGCGAUACGAAGUCGUGAAGGAAUUUCUCUUCUUCCUCGAAUCUUCCUGAAUCAACCAUCAACAUUGGUACGUCUUUGAGUUUUACCGAAAAAGCCGUGGGAUAUCUUUCAACUUUUCGUGCCAGAAACGACAUUCGUUAAUCGAAACAGUAAGAAAAACACGAGAAAAUGGCAGCAGGAUAUGACGAUUGUUAUGACGCUUCUUGGCAUCUAAUACCACCCGAUUACGUCAGCAACGAAGAAGAUUAUAGGAUAUUGGAAAGCAUGAAAAUGCCAACUAGACCUUCUGGUUUUGCUAUUAGCGACAUUUUGGAGUUAAACGAUACCAAACCGUCGCAGGAAGAAACAGACAUGCAAGGUGCCACGACGGUUUUACCAACGGCCACCGAUAUGCCGUCGGCUUACCAGCAAAUUUUAGAACAGACAACCGCCAUGCUGCAACCAGCUAUGCAUGCCAAUCUGAACAGGGGUACGCUACCACCGCCUCCACCUGGAUUAUUAGGAUGGCCAACUGGACCAGCACUACCGACGGCGUUGCCUCAACCCUUAGAGGAAGUAAAUGUUCUUCAACAACCAGACUCGACGAGUCCGGCCAUCUCAGACAUGUCGUUCCCGUCGCAGCAGGAGAACAGUCACGAGUCGAAGGACGAGGAGUCGCAGGACUUCGAGGACGAGCAGCAAACCGGCAACGAAACGCAGCCUCACGAGACCGAGCAUAAGAAACGUAAGCGACGUGUGCUGUUUUCCAAGGCGCAAACCUACGAGCUGGAGCGACGUUUCCGCCAACAACGUUAUCUGAGCGCGCCCGAACGAGAGCAUUUGGCCUCCCUCAUUCGUCUCACACCGACCCAGGUGAAAAUCUGGUUUCAGAAUCACAGGUACAAGACGAAGAGAGCGGCGAGCGAGCGCGUCGAAACCGGUGGCAGCGGCUGCUCGCCCAGAAGAGUCGCCGUGCCGGUGCUGGUGAGAGACGGAAAACCUUGCCAAUCCAAGCUGAUAGAACCUACCGCGUAUCCUGGAAGCGGUCAGGUUCCUAUGGCGCCGUACAUGCAAAAAUAUUGGUGGUAGAACAACUGGCUGAGAGUUGACUGAAGAGACAAUUUGGAAUAAUCUGUGAUGGUCCGUGCUGCUCGGUAAUCAUUGCGCGAAUCGAUGAAAAUUCCUAACAAAGAUAUUGCCGUGACAAAAGUCGUGACAGAAGAUA